AAAAGAUGUAAUAAAAAUAAAACCAAAAGACCACCUACCCCUAUUGUCUGUAUCAAUGAAAAAACAACAGUUCUGGAAAUAAAUUAAAGGGAAAAGUGUCAAAUAAGUCCUCCUACUACUCUGAAAAUGUCAAUUAAGCCUACCAACUCAAAUAUCACCCAAUUAAACCCACCAACUUAUAAAAACCGUUCAAAUCUGGUUUUUACUAGGUAACAACCGGUCAUCAACUAAAUGGAGCCACGUGGUGACACGUGUCACUUUUUUUCCUCUCUCUUUCCUUCUUCUUCCUCUCUUUUCCCGGUGACUCUUUCUUGGGCCCUGUUGCUCCCCGCUUCCUAUUUUCUUUUACAUUCAUUCUUAGUCUCCACUUUGGCUUAAUGACAAGUUCACAAAUCACAACCCAAAGCUACCUCUGUUUCUCACUUUUUCUUAUUUUUGGGUUUUCACGUACCCAUUCAAUCCAUUAAUACACAAGAAAAUAAAUGAAUCAACAAAUUGAUGGAGACGAUUGGUACUUAAUGAGACGGAACAUUGGUAAGAGAGGAGGAAAACGCUCGGUAAAGACAAUCGGUGCUCUCCUUGCCGGAAAUUGGCCGGAGAAGAUGACCGGCGCUCGAACAACCUUCUUGGCUUUCCCGAAGGUUGGCCAGGGAAGAAGACCGGCGUUUGGAUCUAUUGGGCGGCCAGGUGAUUGUAAAAUAAAGAAUGAAAGAAAGAAAGGGACAGAAGAGAAGAAUGGAAAAAAGAGAAAAAAGAGAAUGGGGGAGUCCGCUGGAGAAGAAAAAGGAAUGGGGAAGAUAGAAAGAAAUAAAGAAAGAGAAUAAAGAAACGAAAAACAAAAAAAAAAUACAAAAAUUGAAUGACACAUCAUAUUUCUUUACCGGGAACCGGAACAUUACUUGCUGAAAACUCAAUUUGAUUUUAUUUUAUGUGUUUGUGGGUCUAAUUGGAUGAUAUUUGAGUUGGUGGACUUAAUUGACAUUUUGGUGUUAGUAGGGGGGCUUAUUUGACACUUUUCCCUAAAUUAAAUAAAAUAGUAAAAGUAGCCUGUCUCGAGUUCGCCUGCUCCUCCCUUCUCGUGUUGGAUUCGAGCAAGAUUCAACGUAACAAAACAGCUCGCAUAUUGAAAUCCUCUCUUGAGAAUGCAUCAUAUGUUACAACCUCAACCUCCCAUAGUUGUUUCAAGUCUUCUAUCAAUGGUUGCCCAUACACAUUUAUCCCCUUUUUUGGAUUUCUUGGUCCAUGUACCAAUAUAGACAAAAAAAAUUGUUGUUUCAUACACAUACCUAGAGAUUGUCAAAAUGAAUCCACACCUUUGCAUCUGAUGGAUGACGCAUCACUCCUUCUUCUCUAUGGACU